AUGGACCACAUUCUUCUAUGGCAGGACGACCAAUUUCCCCCUGCACCUCCCCCCUCACCUUGUCCUGAUCAGAUGGAAUUCACAUACGCCUACGGUUUCCCCGCGGGCCAACUGACCUUUACUUGGCCUACGGAAGGCGAAUAUCUUGGGGAGACUCGAGCAGAGCCAUCUUCCCAGAGCGGCACCGACAACGAUGCGCUGCCGGUUCUCAGCGCGACAUCGUGCGACGGUGAUGGCUGCGAAUCAGCGAUCGACAACGACAAGCAUGCCCGAGCCGUCAAAGUCACGGUCGAUGCCGAGACCUACUUGGUCGAUAUCCUCAAGGGAGACGUUCUGACUCCAGUUUGGCUGACCGACCAAGGUCAGUUGUCUCCUGCGCUGCGUCACGCGUUGAACGAUACCAUCUGCGAUGCCUAUAUGCUGGUGAAGCUCUCUCUCUCAGACCACGUACCGUCAAGGCUUGGGGUGCUCGACCACGUUGAGAGAGCCGAGGUGCCCGAAGUGCGUCAGUUGAACGACGGUUCGUGGGAAGUGCUUGUCCUGAAAACAUACGUCCCGGUGUUAUGUCGCAGGCUCUACGAGGCACGCCGGCGCUUCCAUCUGGAUCUGGCGUACGACGGGUUCGAGCCUCGCAAGGAGGAUGUCGAGUGCUGGGGACUCGAGAAAGCCAAGCAUCUGUGCGCCAUGUGGUUCGAGACAAGGGCGAUGGAGGUGAUCCGAGGCGCCUGCUAUAUCGCCUCGGUCUACUACCGCAGGCGCUUGGAUUUGCUCCAUCAAAGAGUAUUACGAUGA